AUGCAUGGACGUGAAGAGAAGGCACUACACCUAGCUUGGGGUACACCUGAAGAUUCGUACUCAAAGUUACCUAAUUACUUGCACAUGCUACAGUUGAGAAAUCCAGGUACCAUCAUGGAUUUUGUGGUAGAGGAUGGUCGCUUCAAGUAUUGUUUCUUCUCUCUUGGUUCUUGUGUCCGGGGGUUUAGGUUUUGUCGACCUGUUGUAUGCGUUGAUGGGUCUUUCUUGAAGACUAGGUAUGGUGGGCAAAUGUUGUGUGCAGUGGCACUGGAUGUAAGGAGCCAUAUCUUUUCGAUAGCUUUCGCUAUAAUUGAUAAUAUCGUGUUCCCUGAUGCACACCACGAUGCAUGCUACCACCACAUUAUUAUGAACGUCAACCAUAAGUUCAAGACUAACGUCUUCACGAAUCACAUUUACACAUGUGCCUACACGUAUUCAAAAUUAGAGUUUCAUAAAGAAUUUGAGAACAUUCGAGCAAUGAAUGUUGCGGUUGCACAAUAUCUUGAGGAAAUUGGAUUUGAAAAAUUUGUUUGGUCGUACUUUUCAGGGGUACGUUACAAUGUAAUGACGAGAAACUGGGUUGAGAGCUUCAACAACACAACUAAGGACGCAACAGGCUUCUCGAUCAUUGCUGCUAUAGUGUUCCUUAGGUCCAAAGUGCAACAGUGGUUUGCUACACGAAAAGAAAAAGCUGACAAACCUUACAUGUUCCAGGUUCACCUUGGAGGAACAGUGCAGACCGGUGUCGUAGUGGACUUGCAGGAAUAG